UUCGUCUUUUAAUCUAUUUUUACAUUGCGAAAUACUUUUUUACUUCCUCCUUGUUUACAAUCUUGCAGUGGUCUACUGAACAUACAGAACAGUGGCAACAUUUUUGUACCAUGGCAUCCCACCAGCCAGGCUAUUUGGGUUAUGGCGCAGCCAAUCAGCUGGUGCAGAAAGUUGAGCUGAGAGUGUCUUGUAAAAACCUGCUCAACAAGGACGUCACAUCUAAGUCAGAUCCCUGUGCUGUCCUUUACUUCAAGGAAGGAGGAAAGUUCCGAGAGUUUGCAAGAACAGAAAAUGUGAAAAAUGAACUGGAUCCCAAGUUUGUAACACCUUUCAACGUAGAAUAUCACUUUGAAGCUGUACAGAAUAUCAGGAUUCGUAUCUAUGAUGUCGACAAUUCAACAGAGGAAUUGAGCGACGAUGAUUUUCUUGGUCAAAUUGAAUGCAGCUUGGGACAGGUGGUUUCAAGUAGUCCUUACACCAAACCUUUGCAAAAGAAAAGUGGAGAAGUCCUCACGAACAGUAUCAUUGUUAUUACUGCAGAGGAAGUCAAGGAGGGCUGUGAACUGGCUAUGAUGAGGUUCAGAGCUAAAAAACUGGAUAAUAAGGACUUUAUGGGCAAGUCCGAUCCUUUUCUUGAGGUCAGUGUGCCUCAAGCUGAUGGGAACUGGCAGGUCAUUCACCGUACUGAAGUGGUCAAGGAUAAUCUAAAUCCAGAGUGGCGCCCUUUCACUGUGCGUGUUCAGACCUUGUGUGGCAACGAUCCAUCUCGUCCGAUCAGGUUCAGCGUCUUUGACUGGGAUGGAGAUGGCUCUCAUGAUUUGAUUGGAAACUUCACCUCAACUUAUGAAGAGCUGAAGAAAGCAAUUGAUUCUGAGGUCACAUGGCCUUGCAUCAAUGAAAAAAAGAAGGAGAAGAAGAAAAGCUAUAAAGACUCAGGAUCUGUUUCACUCUCUACUUUAAAGAUUAAAAAGGAGUACUCCUUCUUGGACUUCAUAUUUGGAGGGCUCCAGAUUAACCUGACAUUUGGUGUAGACUUCACGGGUUCCAACGGCAAUCCCCGUCAGCCUGGGACUCUGCACUUUAUCGACUUCCAGAAUCCUAACGAGUACAUGCAGGCAAUCAGGGCAGUUGGCAAUGUGCUGCAAGACUAUGACUCUGACAAGCUGUUCCCAGCCUUGGGAUUUGGAGCUGGGAUACCCCCUAACAACCAAGUCUCUUUUGAGUUUCCACUCAACUUUAAUCCCCAGAACCCGUUCUGUGCUGGCAUCCAAGGAGUGCUAGACACUUACGUCAACUGUAUGCAACACAUUCAGCUGUACGGCCCCACCAACGUGGCUCCCAUCAUUCACCAUGUUGCUCGCUUUGCCGCUCAAGCACAGCAGUGGGAGAUGCAGGGAAAAGGAGCUGGGAUGUACUACAUCCUGCUGCUUCUCACUGACGGAAUUUUGUCGGACAUGGGCGAUGUCCGUAAUGCCAUUGUCUACGCCUCUGGCCUGCCCAUGUCCAUCAUCAUCGUAGGUGUGGGUCUGGCAGACUUCUCCGACAUGAACCAGCUGGACGGGGAUGACGGAGUCCUCAAGUCGACCAGCCGUGAACCCGUCAAGAGGGACAUUGUUCAGUUUGUGCCUUUCAGGGACUUCAAAAACUCAAGCCCGGCGGAUCUGGCUCGGCAUGUCCUUGCGGAGGUUCCCAAGCAAGUCACGGGCUAUUUCGCGAUGAGAGACCUUCCCCCCAACGUGGUGCCCCAGGCUGGGCCCCCUCCUCCAGCCCAGUAAAUCAAUGCACAGACGCUGCGGGAGUCUAUGUUGACAGAUAAAAGUUGUAUUAACACUUAACCCUUAAUGUGUUGUUAAUGUCAAAUGAUAUAGAUAGUAGCGCAAAAGUCAGGAAUGGUCUAAAUUGUGUCUAUUGGGACGUAAAAACAUCUACCUACAAUAGCAGGACAUUCAACUUUUGACCCCAAAAUAGAGUGGAAGUUUGAUUAAACCAUAAAAAUAUUGUCCUUGACGGGAUUUGACUUUGUCAGAAACCGUGAUACAACUCUCAGCCUUAGACAAGCCUUGUGAUAUAGUUCAAAAUUGUUUAAAUGUUGCACCAUUGAAACACUGCUAAAAGGACAAAGCAAACUCUUACAAAGUAGAGAGGUAGCUGGAGAAAGACGUUUUUCCAUACACAUCUUAGCACCGUUGUCACUAUGGACUGUGAAGCGGUAAGAAUCAUUUAUUAGAAAGUACAGGUACUGAAGAGGGUUUCAAACUACCGACUUCAGAAAAUGAAUACUUUGUCUCGACGAAUUUCCACUUUUCAAAAAACCUUUUUACUGUCAAGUGGGACCUUUUUGCUAUGAAUAGCCAGUAGUUUGUACAAAUAACCCAUUAUUAUUACCCAAGAUAACCAUUCUUUUAAAAUUUAAAUCGACUAAAUAUACUAGUUCCUCCCUCACAUGCCUCCUAUCACUAGUCACCAUGAUGGCUUCUUUCAUUCGUUGGUGCUCCACACCUUGCCACGACAGGCCUCUAUCUUCCCUGGUCUCGGCUUUCAUGUACCAUUUCAUGAAGUUGUAGACCUUUGUUGGAUUUUACAUUUUCAAUGUAUGAUGUUGGAGGCAUUGCCUGAUUUGUCUUUGCCUCUACUUUGCUCUGUAGCACAUUUGCCGUCAAGUCCGUUUUUAGAUUUCUGUUUGCAUGACCAAGGUAUUUGAGUAUCCCUUUACUUUCAUUUUUGCUUUAGUUUCUUUUAACACACUGGGCUGACUUUCUCCAACUUCUUUGUGUUUUUCCUCUGACCUGUUUUCUCUACAUGGCAUUAAGCCAGGUUGUUGUAGAUAUUUCUCAGUCUCAUUACUGCGGGUAUUUUUUGGUCUUCCGCUUUUUAUUUUCUUUGUUGUUUUUUUUAUGAUGCCAUACGAAAGUCUUGCAUUCCUUUCUCAGUAUCCCCCAAAAACAUGGUAGUCUUUCCUGUCCUGCAUGAUUUUUUAAAUCCCAUUUGUUAGUGAAUUGUCAAAGCAGGGUUUCUUUUGGUUAUUCUUUCUACAAAGCUUACGCAAAAUGUUUAACUUUCCCCAUUUCAGGUUUAUUUUCAUUGCCAUAGAAUAUUGCUGUUGGUUAUAAAGUACAUACUUAAAUUUUGUUGUGUUCAUGACUUAAACAUUCAUAUUGACUUUAAAGAGUCAUAAAAGGCAUUGCAUAACAGAAUGGGGGCAUAUUACAUACUCAAAAGAGAACUUGAAAUCUUUUUCUAUUGACAUAUAGAUUUUGAUAAGCUUAAGAGAAAAAUCUAUUUUAUAAAAGGCGUAGCAUGUUUUACCUGAGGUUUUUUGGUUCUUAAAAGAAAGAGAAAACAAGUUUGUAAUUUUAAAAAAUGGAAGGCCUAGCCUUUUUUCUCUUUCUGAAACAGUUGAUUGUGUACUUUUUUUGGUGCUUUUUGCGGAGUAUGAACUGUUGACACAUCAGAAUAUGGGAUGAAAAAUUUUCUGUUCUGUCACUGGUUCUUCAUAUCUCUACUGUUAGGCUGUAUAGAAUACUCUUCGUUGCAUUCUGAACAUUUAUAUCAACUUUACUUUGUUAUCCCUUUUGUUUUGAGUGUAUUUGAAUUGUUGCAGUAUUACCGGAGGAACGAUUUUGGGGAAGGGAAUGGCGAGAAAUUUUUUAAUGCUGUUGAAACUGCGAUUAAUGAUAAAAAGUUUUAUGCCACUGAUUCCAUGUUGAUGAGCAAUGUUACUCUAAAGUGCCAUUAUUGCAACAUGUGGCAAUGUUUCUCUUUGGGUUACGAUUUCUUCAAUCAAAUUGUAAUUUGAAAAGCUUUUUUCAAACUAUCAUACGUCCAUGGGUACUCUACAGGUAUUUGCCAUGGUAAAUGCUUAUUAUUUUUUAAUUCAACACCAUUGUCACUUACAGCAAUUAUGUGUUCAGCUUUGUUGGUUUUUCGUAAUUGAUAUUCUGUAUGUAUUUCCAUCUGAUUUUCUUGGUUCCUUUUUGCUGGUCCUUUUUCUCCUGCUUACCUCACUCAAUUCAGUUUUUUUUACUCAUUGAUGUCUUUUUUAAUGAAAUAUACUACUUAUAUUUUUCUCGCCCUCUCAAUGUAUUCUUAUUUUUCUUUCAGUAAGUUGUUUUUAAAAGUGAUGUAGCAGUUUUUGGUUUUUUUUAGAAAUUCGCCUUUUACAUAUCAUAUCUAAACUUAUCCUGUCCAGAAUUAUUAAGAAUUUUACAUCGUUGCAUUUUGAGUAAUAUACUCUACAUUAUCCCAGUACUAAAUAUUUUGAAGUAUGCAACAGUAAUACUUAUACAUUACACUAUAGUCCUUUUAAAUUCCUUAAUCGUACUGUUUCUUGGUACAUGCAAUUUCUUCAAAUCAUUGGAAAAAGCUGUCAGUAUACAUGCAGAAAGUUUCUUUGUUUCUCCCUUGCUUCUUACUUUCACUAAUGACCGUUAUGCUCCUGUAUGCUUUUCUUUAUCUCAACAAACAAACAGGAAUUAUUUGCUCCUGUAUGCUCACAUAACUGGCCAGUACACCAUUUAGUUUCAUAGUCCAGUCAUCAUUGAUUUAGUUUGUAGAGCAGAGUAUACUCAGAAUGGAAGAACGGAAGUAUAGGUUUCUUUCUCUACAGUGGAGUCCACUUAAUCUAAACAUGGUCAAUCUUUUUGACUAGCUGGUAGUCUUUAGUACUUUAUUCCAGAGUGGGCAAUGUACUGAUACUGGACAAGUUAGGAAGAAAAAGGCAGCCUUUUUCCGCCUUAUUAUAUCCUGUCCAGGUCAGUUUUGUGACCACUUUUAUGAAUUCAAUAGUGUCAACCUUUUCAUACAAGUAAAAGAACAAUCGUGAUGGUUAGUUUUGUAUAGAUUUACAUGGGUGAUAUUUACUUUUAUAGACAGCCUUACUCUUGGAUACCAGGUACAUUCCGUGUGUCACAAACUGCUGAGAUAUUAUAGUGUGAUGAUAUUUACCAGAUGCUGAUAACUUUUUGUUAUGUUUUGAUUCUAUAACCUUACUCUGUGCUAUACUUACACAUUUAGCUCUUUUUGAGAUCUUUGGGUGAUUAUGAAAAUAAUGGCUCACAAAGAUAAUGACUCAAUAUUUCUGAUGUGUUCAGAAGUUCGAUCUUAGAUUAAAGCUUUUUCUAUGUAAAAAAGAAAGAAAAAGAGAAGACAUUGUAAUCUGAAUAUUCUGAGGUGGAAUUUCCAUUUAUAUAAAAGUGUUCUCUAGCAAUAAUCCUAACUCUUGAGGACUGCUGCUGUUCACUUUGAUGUGUGACAUUUAUUAAGGGGGAAUCAGGUCAGUUUCAAGGUCGACAAUGUUGAAUCUCAACUUCUUUCUCUUACGUAUUAUUUAUAUGGUUUUAUUUAUUAACUAAAGCCUUAAAGUUCUUUAAUUCGGUGCUGAUUUAUUGUCUAUUAUGUUUAUAUAAACAGCUGGCAUGAAAAAACUAAGACACUUUUAUUAAUGCUUUUUUAAAUAGAUUUUUUAAAAAAUAUUUUGUAGUCAUUUAUUCUUGGAAAUGCAUUCUCCUCUCAAUUUGCUGUUUCAUUAUCUCUUAAAUCAUUUAUUUAUGUUUGCAUUAAUUGCCUUUUCAUUUUAUAUACAAGUUGCUAUAGUUAGAGUGAUGGAAUAUAUUUUAAUCAAGUAACUGACUUUAAUCUCUGACUGAGAGCAAAUUAAAGAUAGAUCUAAAUAAUUUAUAACUUGAGUCGUGGUGUUAAAUCUUGAUUUAUCCUACUAGUGAAAUUGCCAAGUUGCAAUCACGAGUUUCAGCGAGUGAUUACAACUGGCAAUUUCACAAGUAGGAUAAAUCAUGGUCAAACAUCAUAACGAGUGUAAUAAAUAUUUCAUACCAUACUUGCACCAGCUGGCGAAAUAGAUCCGGAAAAAGAAAAUUCAAAUAAUGAGCCAAUUCAACAUGAGGAUCCAUUCAAGAUUCUCAAAUGAAAACAACAUUUUCAUGCCCGUCGGAGUCAGAGUUAGGAUUUUUUAAAAUCUGGAUUGUUUUCCUUUAUUUUUAGCCACGCUAAUCUACAUGUUGCGCUAUCCGUAUGCCUCUCUCCACGAAAUAAACCCAAAAAGAAACAAGAAUAAAUAGGCAAAGCAAGCAGAAAACGUACGAUUCAAAAGUUGGAAAAUUAAAAAAUUGCUUUUAUACAACCUGUUGUCAUCUAGCAUUGCACUGAAAUACAUGGCCGUACUCUGAUGUAAUCCUGGUUCACUAUGGUGCGUACUAUUUGACUCAGUAUGGAACAAAAUUAAGGGAAACAUAGAGAGUUGUUCCUACUCUCUAUUAUAAUAACAGUGGGAGACUGGUGUUUGGCACUUCAUUUGGGCGGAUAUGGUGAGCAUGCUUUGCAGUAACGUUUUUACAGGGGAAAAGAGUGGCUACCAUAACAUUGCACGGUCUAGGAAUAUUAUGAUUCAAGUCUAUACGCUUCUUAAAGUGACAGUAGGUUAGAAGGCGAAUAUAGUAUGCAGAAUAAUUAAUGCAAUUUUAUAUUUCAUGUGUGAGAUAACAGCUUAGCUUCUUUUUCACGUGGGAAAUAUGAGGAUUUAUUUUACCGGAAGUGCAAUGCUAAAACAUUCAUGCUCAACCCACCAAUGGUGAUCGCCGUAUGAAAGGAGAGCCUUCAUGACCAAGAGGAGACAGACUCCCACACACUCAGCACAAUAAAAGAAAAGUGUGUGUGGGGGCAAAGGGAAAAAAAGUUUUCUCCGAGGAGUGGUCAGGCGUGUCUCAAACCAGCUCCUCAUGGAGACAAUUAGCAGGAAGACCAUGGGGUGGACGCUGGAAAGGAGAGAUGAGCAGCUUUGGACAUGUGCCGCCUGCUAUGAUUCUAGCUCUGGAUCCAAGUAAAUCCAAGUAAUGCUAAAAGAACUCCAAGUAUGGUAUAAAAAAAAAAUUAAACGCUUACCUAUUUUGAUGAGAUCUCCUUGAAGAUCAAAAAUCAAUGCAGCCAGGUUUAUAGAUUUUUUUAAUGCAUGCUAUUAUAAUAUACCAAACUUCAUAGAACUUUUAUUGCUUUCAUCGGAGCAAAAAAGAGUUUUGUAGUUUCAAGGUCCCUUAACUUACCAUAGAAAGCCCUUUGUUCUGUAGUGUCACUUGUUCAGUUGUAGAUCUUGGUUUGUUUCUCCUCAUCCAUGAGCCAUGUGGCUUGCAAACAUCAAGUAAGUUUCCUUGUGUAUCUGAAAAAAUUUCUGUCUUUAUUAUAACAAUUGGGUGCCCUGAUUUGUAUUAGAGCCUUACAACUACUUUAUGUCCCUGCAGCCGCCUUUUUGUGUCUCUAGGAUGCUUUAUGUAUGUUUAAAAAAAACCCAGAUGGAACAUUCGCUGUGCUUUUUGUUUUGUUUUCAAAGCCAUCGUACAUUGAUUGAAUUAUAAAAUGCAUUUCUGUAUAAUUGCUCUCGAAAGAAUAAGUAACUAUUUGAUUAUUUUCAUUAUUUUUUUUGUAACGAGUAUGAGUAUUUAUUAUCUUUGCAAAACUAACUAGCUGUUACUUUAUCUAUUUUGGGAGUUAUGCUGUUCUCGCCUCAGAAAUUUCCCCUUUUGGAUUGUUAUUUGUGAAAGGCCCACUGCUUCAUAGCAGAUUCUUGUCUGUAACAUUUACUUUAGUCAAAGAUGAUUAAAUCUGUGAAUUGACCAAAUUGUGUCUGUCAGAGUGUUGAACUGAUACUAAAUCUGUGUGCAAACAGAAAGUUUUAAACUUCUUAAAGAUUUGUAUAAAGCAAUGAAUUUCCCACAAGUACAGGACUUAAAGAAAACACCUGCGACGUAUGGACUUGUGUAGGGAUUGCUGUAGACAUUACCUUCCGGUGAAAUUUUUAUUAAUUGCAAGAAAUAUUACCUUCUGGAGAAAUUUGUGUUAACUGCUAGAAAUCAAUUUCUUACAUUUUGAAUUUAUUCUUUGUUCUGGCCAAGACACAGAGAGGCUGUCUGAGACUGACUCCCAAAAUUGUCUAAAAUUUCUCUGAACUGCGCUUAUUUUACAACUGCCUUUUGAUGGAUUUAAUACAACAAAAAUUUCAUGCAAUCUACUUCUGCCGUGUAUUGGUUUUUUUUGUUUCCAAGUGUCUUUCUUUAACAGAGUGCAGAGAAUUGAUUAUUUCCUUGGUUUCACUGCCACAGACUUUGUAGCGUGCAUUGUCCUAAUUUGCAGCUGACACAACAGGCUUACUGUUGUCUGUUCUGCAUCCAUCCCAGUGCCAUCUGCUAGGGCUAACAUGUACUUGUAGGUCCUUACAAUGUUUUUGCAAGUACUCAUUUUUGUUUACAUUGUUAUAUAUAUUUACUGAAAUGUCUAUAUAUAUUUGCUUCAAAUAAAUAUAUCCAUCUGUUCUUACAUCA